GAGUUCUGUUUUCGACAUUUGACGGACACUACACAUGAAGUUACCAAUUCUAUUUGUUGCUGUCUUGACUACUAUCAAGCCUGUUAUAGCAUGUCAAGUGGGCUAUUGGGGUGAACGAUGCUAUUACCGUUGUGGUCUUGGAUGUAAAGAUGGAUGUAAGCAAACUAAUGCAGCCUGUACGUGCAAGUCUGGAUGGGCUCCGCCAAAAUGUACAAAACCUAUUCCAACCACGGCAACCACCACGCCAACCACCAAGCCAACCACCACGCCAGCAUCUGGUUCUACAGCUGGUCCAACCACACCAACCACUACGCAAACCACGCCAGACGAGAAAAAGAUUACUUUCUGGAUUAUAAUUGCGAUAGUGGUUUUCUGCGUUCUGAGUCUGAUUGUAGCAAUAGGUGUAUAUCUGGCACUGAGGCGCUCAAAACAGAAAGACGAAGAAAAUCCACAGACGCCAUACAAGAUAAUGGAAAACGAGAACAAACAGGAAAACCACAAUAAAGAGCAUACAAAAAACAAACCACAAAAAAACCCAAAACAAGAUCCAAAAACAAGAAAAGAAAAACAAAACCCAAACAAACCCACAGAAAAAUCUCACAGGACUAAAAACCGAGAGAGAACCGGCGGAGAUCACUUGGAAAACCUAUAGUCUACGGACUGUCAGGACUGUGGCUAAAGCAGUGAGGAAAAUCAGCGGUCAGUCACACCAACAGUCUAACCACAGAACCACACCUGAUUUUUAUUCUCAACUGACAAUGACAUGUAAAAGUGCAAACGGACCGAAUACCUCAAUUUGAUAUAGUGAACUUUUAAAAGUAUUAUUAUAAUAAUAUUAUUUUAUUCUUAUUAAUUUUUGUUUUUAUUAAAUUAUAUAUUAAAAAAAGUUUUUUAUGUAUUUAUGUAUGUAUGUAAUUAUUAGUAUUAUUAUGGCACCGAAUUACCUGCAAGUUACAGACUUGCACAGUACGUUUUGAGCUAUAACUGAGGCAUCCAUAAACUGGCGGAAAUGUACAGUGAACUACUGAUUUUCAUUCCUACUUAGCAAUGGCAUGCAAAAGUGCCAAAGGACCGAAUACGUCAAUUUGAUAUACUGAACUUUUAAAAUUAUUAUUAUUAUUAUUAGUAUGUAUGUAUGUAUAUAUAUAUGUAUUAUCCAUAUGGUUUAUUAUUAUUAUUAUUAUUAUUAUUAUUAUUAUUAUUAUGUAUGUAUGUAUGUAUAUAUAUAUAUUAUCCAUAUGGUUAAACACAUAUUGGUAUUCUGGUGACGUCAUCUAUUGACGCACUACAACCUUACAGGAAUCUCGGCCAAACGAGUUAAGUUAUGAAAAUUAAUAUCGACUAUUGGUUAUAGAUAGGAUAUUAAACUCGCUAUCUACAUGACGUUAUCUAUAUGACUUUUAAAACAAAUUAAAAUAAAAAAAAUAAAAAAAUAAGAUUCUUUUUUUAUUAUCAUCUGCAUUUCUAUCUUCUAUUGCUCAGUAUAGCAUAUUAUCAAUAUAUUAUUCUACGAUAUCAUAUCUCCAGUAAAGCCCAUCUUAUUGUUAUUGUAUGUUCCUCAUAUGUUGUUGUGUAGCGGCAUCAGCGUAAUAAAGUUCUGUUCUGUUAUGUUCUAUAGUUGGGGUGGCACUGGUCAAUCAGUGUAGACAAUAGGACUGCGCAUGCGUGAACAAUGGUGGACGUGUUUUUCGGAGCUCUCGAAAAAAUAUAUAUAAAACAUCUGAAUAUGAACUGAAUUCGAACUGAAUGUAGUGUGAAAUGUUUGAGAAAGCAAGAAGAACGACUACAUGUAAGUCAGAAACUUUUAAAUGCGAAAUAGAAUGAAAUAUAACGAAAUAUAACGAAUUGACGAUAAAGGUGUAAGCACUAACCUACACGACCCAUAUACCUGAUUUAUACCCGGUUGAUUUAAAUGUACUAUGAUAAUUUGUUGUAAUUGUAACGAUGGACUCCUAAGACAGAGUGAUCUAGGU